ACGAACUUGAACUGUGUCUUUGUUUCAGGUUCCCUUGAAAGGGAUGUACUGACGUAUGUUAACGUUUUCCGUCAUUUGCAUGCUGUGGGGCCGUUACUAACUGACGAGAUCAUUCAUGAAAGUGCGCAAAAUGCAGCUAAAAUGUUUAUGAAGACAAGAAAUAAAGACAAAGUGCCAAUUCACCAAUAUAGCGCUAACUUUUGCACUUACACUGGAUCAGAGGAAAUUCUCGACCGCACCUGCGUUGUAUCGUGGUAUAGUUCCAUGAAGUAUUAUAUGUGGUGUCAGCCUAAAGCAGAAGGUCAAGCUUUACCAUUUGUGAACAUGAUUUGGAAAGCCAGCAAAAAAGCAGGAGUUGGGUUAGCCAAGGGCUCUGACGGAACCUAUUAUGUAGUACUUUACAUUGCGCUACAAGAUGCAGAUAAUGUUGCAGUUAACGUGCCGCCUGUAAAAGGUAACACUGUAUCAUCAUCGUCAUCAUCAUCAUCAUCAUCAUCAUCAUGAUCGUCAUUGUCGUUGUCAUUAUCACCUUCACCAUCAUAAUUAUCAUCAUUAUCUUCUUCUUUAUCAUCAUCACCAUCAUCAUCAUCAUCAUCAUGAUCGUCAUUGUCGUUAUCAUCAUCACCUUCACCAUCACAAUUAUCAUCAUUUUUCCCUCUUUCAGCGUCAUCUUAUCAUCAUCACCAAUAUCAUAUUCGUCAUUAUCAACAUCAUUUUGGCUGCGGAAUAGACGGUCACAGUUUUGCCCCCAUUCCACCCCCUCUAAGGCUGUAGCUGUUACUUGUAGCACUUAUAAAAAGUUGUACAACGUGUAAUCAAUCCGAACCUGCAGAUUAAUUUAUAUAAAAGCCUCGUUUUAACUCUUUGAUAUAAAACUGCUUGGGUGGUUGGAUCUUGUCAUCAUUCUUUUGUUGCUAUUUUUGGUUUCUUUUUCCUUGCAAGAGUACGUUUUGAAAAAGCUAUUACCUUUGAUCUUAAAUACGCAACAUCACGCCGGCAGUAUAUUAUAAUUUUAGCAAUCACAAAUAACAAAAUAUCAAUGUGUUAAGUGACUGACCGUUCUCAGAACCUUUAAAGUCCAUUUGAUUCUAACGGAUUUCUUAGGCCCAAAAGAGCUAGAUUAGAAAAAUUUCGUGAUUCCUGAGCACCUACUUUUAUUUGACACAUUCGUGACGUCAGUCCGGCCUCCAAUUUGACAUUGGUGGCAAGCAGAGCUGCCGAAAGUUUCCACGUUAUUAUAUUAGUUCUCCAGACCUUGCUACACAUAAAAGACAAGUCCGUACAUUACAGUAAUUAAAUUUGCUUUCAAUUUAAGAAGUGCUUUUUUAUCUUUCUGUUUGUAGUUGUUAUGGAGGCGAGCCCUAAAGGUAAGGUCUUCAAAAGCAAAAUUAAUUUCAGAAUUCAGGAUAUACUUCAAUUAUUUUUGAAGCUUAACUUUUACCUUUUGCAUUUCAGCAAACUGUCCACCGGGUUAUUCACGAUUUGAUACUUCCUGCUUCAAGUAUGAAACAACCGGAGUAACCUGGGACGAGGCCGUGACACGAUGUGCAUUAGAAAAUGCGACAUUAGCUUCGAUACGAAAUGCAAAAGAAGAGAAUUUUGUGCGAGAACUACAGAGGAAAGCAGGAUCAACUGUAGAGACGUGGAUUGGUACGAACAUUUAAGCUACCUUAUAUUAUUAGUAUUACUAACAGGGCAACUAAUUCGAAACAAUUAAAAGUUAGCUCAAUAGUUGCCGUUUAAAAUAGCAAUCACUUUAACAAACCAACACUUAUCAAAAAGUGGAGAAGAAAGCUCCUGGACAAGUGUGGCCCUUUUUAUCGUAUUCCAAAGUACUGUGAAAGGACACAGGGAGAUCGAUCUAAUUAUUGUUCAACACACCUAUAAAAUAAUCAUUGACCAACUGGGAAAAUGUAAUGUACCAUUACUUAACGCAAAUAUCUCGACUUCGAUCCCUGCAGGUGGAUCAAUUUAAAACUGUUCAAACGACGAUUUUGAUGUACGGUGUAUACGCCGUAACCAUUCCAAUACAACCUUAUCUUCUCCGGCGGUUUGGUAUAAUUUGAAAUAAGUCUUGUAGUGAAUAUUGAUAGAGGUUAUUCUUGGCCGCCUAGAAAAAGGGUUAAAAUUGGCAACACAGGAUUUUUUACAACUUUACUCAAGUAAACGAUACCCUUGCAGGCCUGCACGACAGUGUACAUGAAGGACGAUUUAAAUGGUUUGAUGGGUUAAGAUUUAAGCCUGGCGUCUGUGUUCCUGUGCAUGCAAACGGUGGACACAUGGAGAACUGUGUGGCAUGGAGCAUAGAAAAACCAAAAGGCUGCUGGGAGGAUAGACCCUGUAACCAGAAGAUUCCUUUUACAUGCAAAAUACCAGUAGAAGGUAAAGAGUACUCUUACGCGACUUGUGAAUGAUUCUCGUUAACAUAUCAAAUUAACUACAUACCGUAUUUACUCGAUUAAACGCCGCCCUCGAAGGGGUAGAGGGAAUUUUUCCAGUAAGCACCACAAUCAGAAUAAUUCCAACUCCAGACACUCUAAGGUGAAAGGGUACAAACGUUUGGUGCAGCGAUUUCUGGGAUUGUCGGGGUACAAGCGUUUGUUGUGAUUGGUCGAUGGAAUUCCAGGACCCAUUCACCAGUCACAGGUAAUGCUUGUCCACUCAAAUGAUCCCAGAAAUCGCUGGGCCGAAAACGUGUCGCUAUUGCUCUUAAAGUUUCUGUAAUCGUGAAUACGGUUAUAAGAAAACAACUCGGUAUAACUUGGUAUCUAGGCCAUCCAGACAAUUACGAUUCGAUUCUAUCUGAGCAAAAGUACUAGACAUUGGACUUUUUAAACAUCCUCCUGUUUUACAUAAUAUUUACAAUUGAUUUAUCGUAAAUGUUUUUAGUGAUUUUAAGAAAAGUGAUUUUGAUAUAAACGUCGCCCUUGAAUAAACGCCGCAUCGGGGACGCUGAAAAUUUAAGAAAUGCCUCGGCGUUUAAUGGAAUAAAUACAAUUAACAACAACAACAAUAAAACUUUGUUGAGAAACAAAAUAAUAACAGAACAAAUGCACUGCCUGCGGCUAGCAUGGCAUUUCGAGGCGGGACAGUGCGUGCAAAUGAAUUAGAAGGACGAAUCUCGGUAACGUUUUAAAAAGCCAUAGUCCAUAAACAUUGCGUGAGAGUUAGUGUUUUAAUAGAAAAAUUGAAUAUAUUAAUAGCUUUUUGUACUUGCAAAUUUAAAUUCUUUAACAGAUUUGUCAUUUCGGAGACUGACAAGUCUUAAAUUUUAUUAUGGUUAGUGACUGGUGAUUUGAAAACAUAUUUUUAGGACAAUUAGAUAUUUUCGUAAUAAUAUACAGCUUUGGAAGAUUUUUAACGUAAGUUAUAGUUUGUCUCCAAUUAGGAAGUUCUCUUAGGGAGACCAAACUGAUUCAUUCGACUCUAAAUUAAGUUAUCAUUAAUACUUAAUUAUUAGUGCUCUGUAGUAACAGAAGUUACUGUUCACCAAUACAGGGCAUCAUUUCUCUCUCUUGAUACGGUUCUAAUAUUAUAUCAUUCUGACUUCUUAGGUUAUAAAUUGUUCUUACUUAUCUCUUCUUUACAUUUUAUCAAAAAGGAAAAUCGACUUACAGAACAGAGAUUCUAUUCAAGAAGUUUCGUUGGAGGCCUAAUUAUAACAAUAAAAACUCCAAAGCAUAUAGGGAUCUGAUAAACGGCAUUAAAGUAACAGUAAGUGUCGAAAUCGCUUUAAAAAAUAUUAUGUUUUCUUCAUUGCUUAAUUGAGGCUAUUAAACGCUGACUGAUUUUUACCAUAUUGUCUAAAGUUUAAAGAAUUGUUCACCAGGAAGUCAGGAAAGAAGAAGGGAGGCUUUAGAAAAGUUAAGGUGAAAGGCAUCAGGUAUUUUUUCGCUUUGUUUGUUUGUUUUGAAUUUGGUUUGUCUUGUUUUGUCUUUCGAGUAUUAUAGUUAACUGAAGGAAUUCAACCUGGUACGUUCCCAGGGUCUUUUCCUUUUAUUUUUCUAUAAUGGUUAAGAUAAUUUUUUGCUUGGCCAUAAACCAAAAUUUCGGGGUCUCAGGUGAUGACAUAAGUCAUUAGAGCAUUUAUUGAUAAUUUGAAAUAAUAUAUUGCCUACUCCGGUUUCUGCAAAAAGUGCGAUUAUCUGAAAAAACUGUAAUGAGAAUAAAAAACUAAGCUAACACAGCAGAAUAGUCGGUACCAUAACAGGCAGGUAAUUAAAAUAAACAAAAUAAUUUUCACUUGCCUACUGUUAACUCCUGACACACGCUUGAUAUUUACUUGCAUAUCAUUGCAGAAACAAGUUAUAAUGAUCAUUUUUCUGGGGUAGCCUCGCACGUAAACUGCGGUACUGAAAUACACAUUUGAAGCUCUCCUUGCGACCACUCUCAUAACACCAGUUCUAGUUGCAACCACUUUAAUUUUAACGACUUCCUGGGCUGGGUGGUUGCUCACGAGAGCUUUGUCGAGACCCUGCCAGGGAAGGGGGCGGGGGGGGUCCCAUGUCGCCGGUCUGAAUUUUAAAACGUCUCGUGUCGGUGUUUAUAAAUGCUUGUCGCUUAUUGUCGUCUUUGCCGUCACUGUCGCAAUUUGGCCGAAGGAGGUUGUCUCUUGUCGCGAUUUCAUUUUACGCGCUGUCACUACUUUUUGGGCCAUGCCGCUUGUCGAAAUUUACACUGGCAGGGCCUCUUUUUCGCUACGUAAUAUUUAAAUCUAAAGUGUUCUCCGUUUUUCUUUUCUUUUCAGGGCAAUAUCUUUUAAAGGACGGUAAGUUUAAGGCUGUCUCCUCUUCAUGUCACUUAUAUAUCACAUUAAGGUGUAAAGGAUAAAUGGCUAAACUGCUAGCUUAAUACAGCUUACUUUUCAUUUACAAAGGAAGAAACGCAACAACUAUAGUAACUGAAUACGGUAUUACAAUUAAAUAAUUUCACGAUUACUGGCCCAUAGUUCACGGUAACGGACUAAUCGAUCAUGAUUUCAUUUUCCGUCAAACAGGCCCGCUGGAUUAGGAAUAGCCAUUUCUGUUAAAUUCAGGUCCUUCAACGCCGACCCAACUCUCAGAUUUCAGAAAUUUUUGCGCGGUUCCGAGAAGCUUUUAAGUAUGGAUAUUGACAAACCAGGUAUGGUUUUUUUUUGUUAAAGAUCGACUAGAAAAUUAAUGAAAAUUUAAAAUCCACCUUCAUUACAUUUCGUAUGCGUGCGUUGAAUGUGGUAAAGACGUGAUGUCUUAUUUUACAAGUAGUUCAAGUUAUUCGAACACAUUCCUAGUCUCGGCAUUUAUAAUUUCUCACAAAAUACCUUCAUUACUGGAGAAGAAUAUAAUACAAUCUUUGCCAUUAUCAUCAUCAUCAUCACCAUGAUCGUCGUCGUCGUCGUCGCCGUCAUCAUCACAAUCAUAAGAAGUAUAACCCUACCUGGAUAGAAAGCAUCUUUUGUGUCUUGGAGUGUUUCAAACUCCAAAAGAUGUGUAGCCGAUAACUGCACGAAUUUUCGCGCAUUUUUCGAAGAUAUAACAUGUGGCUUGAUAGUUGUAAUUAUUGUUCAUGCUAAGCAAGAAUAUACUUACACUUUUCGAAUUUUGCACUUGAAUGAUCUUAAAAAUUUCUUGUACUAAGGUUUAUCAAUUUAUAUCUAUUCUGCGAGUAUCAUAGAUCUUGGAUGCCAAUAAAUAGAAGAUGGAGAAUCUAAGAGUGUAGCGAUCGUUUGAAGUCACGGAUUCAUACACAAUGCUUUUUUAUUUAUAUUUUGCAGAUAAAGUAAAAGGAAAAACAGGUACGCCGGGUGAUGUCGGUUUAUACUUAAACAUCUUUUAAUUUAAUUCUUGCAUUAUUUCUAAAGAAAGAAAAAUUUCUUCACGCCUGCAUGAGACUCAUACCAUCUCUCACCACUAUCACCUUUUGUUAUUUCUUAACAUCCAACCUAACAUCAAGAAAACCUAUCUUGAGAAUAAGAAUGUCUGCUUGACUAAACAUCUCUUUUUUUCGUUACUAGUACUUUAUCUUUGAUCACACGCUCAUCUAGAUGGAGUCUCGGCUGUGUUCAAAAAAGCUAGAGACGACUUUUUUGUUCUCAUCAGGUAAAGCAGGAGACUACUGCUACAGCACAUGCACUCAAAGGCACACUUGCACCCCAAUCUACCAGCAGCCCUCAACCUACAGCUACCAGCCAGUAUACAAUGUACCCGCUCCGCCACCAUAUUCGCCGCAGCCCUACCCUGUUUCCUUUCCAGGGAGUGUGCAGACAGUCACAACAACAACUGAUCCAUACCCAUCAACGUGUCCAAUGUCGUGUACCCAACACCCGACACUGGAUUGCUACACGCAAUGUAAUGAUGAGUGUUGUGAGAAAAGAGAUGGGAAAAGGAAGGGGAGACCCAAUCGUCUGCGUGCUGCUAAAGAUAUGCAUGAGAACUUUGGAAGGCUUGAUCAUCUGAUCGACAAAGUGACAAAUAAUGGGCCACCUGCCAAUUCUUUAGACAAUUUUAAUGAUAAGACAGAUGAUAAAGAUGAAAAUGCAGAAAGUGUUAUUGACAAUCUCGAGACAAACAUUGAAAACCUGGGAGUCAAUUUCGAUGAAGAACAGGCGAAACACCUCAGCAGCCAACAUAAUGAGAGAGAUACAGCUGAAAAUACAAAAACGGCUUCCAACUUAACGGAAACGUCUGACUUUACAAAAACUAAAGCCGGAAGGAUGGGGCUCGAUGAGAAUCAUGUCAUUAGAUACAUGAAUAAGACGAAAAAGUCACAUGAUAUGAUUGACGAUGACCAGGAACCCAAUAAUUCAGAUGAAGAGCCCGCAAACAAUUUCAUAACUACAAAACAUACCAACAAACACUAUGAAGACGAGAACGAAGAAUAUGAACCACUGGAAAAUGAUAGUCGAUUUAGGAAUAAUGAAGAAACUAUUCCAUUGAGCCAAGAAGCAAUUGGUAUGCAAGAUGAAGAAAAAGCCAUGGAUGACAGGAAUGAAGACAGUAACGAAAAAAGUGAUAUUAGCCCUGAAAUUGAAGUCGAUAAUUCUGAAACCCUCAGCGGUGAGAACGAUGAUGAAGAUGACAAUGAUGGAACUGAGAACGUUUUAAAUCGGGAUCAAGAUCCUCCCGGGCCGCUUGAAGAAGAUUCCGUGGAUUCUUCGGAUGAGCUUUUGGAUGAAGAAGGAAUUGAUGACGUUGGCAAAUUUGGAAGGAAAAGAGACAAGGUUUCACAUGGAAAGAAAAAUAUAAAGCAAGCACUAACGGAACUUUGA